AUGUACGGAAACUACAGUAACACGGCGUUCUGUAUCAUGCAUCUUCCCGAACGGUUGGCGUCAAAUCGCUGGAUGUGGACGUUCAAGCGGCAAUAUGAAAAGAGCCCCGGCGAUCUCAUCGACAUUUCCUGGUGGACCCAUCAAUCAUCAACGACAACCACGAAUAUAACGAAAUUCGUGGCCGAAGCCACCUCCAUGACCACGACCAUGACUACGAUUACGAGUCCAGAAGAAAUGAAGCGCUACGAGACAAACGUGAAACCGACAUUACCGAUCCCUGUUGAUGCCGAGCCAUGGCCAGCUCCCAACCGCUCGACCAGCAAACGAUAUUAUCGGACCUACCUAUCCCUUGAGAACCUCGCUGUGCUGUUUUACGUAUUCUCCGCGGGGUGCUUGGGUUUGGCGAUCUGGUGCGGUUGGGACCUGAUCCAUCGAACGGGGCGAUAUAGGUCGGGUUGGGGGUUCGAGUCUGCCUGGAGCAAUGCUCAAAUAGCAAAACUUGGCUGGCAAAGAGGAGGAGAGACAGCCGCAGCAGCAGGCGUAGGAAGCGAAGGAUAUUACCGCUAUAUCGUCGCACUCUCAAUCCCCGUCUGUGCGUGGAUCGCGAUCGCCCAUUGGAUCGGGUGGCAGUUCUACCUCUAUUCGGAUCCAGGCGAGGAUACGAAGACAUGA